GAGGAGACUCUGCUCUCCACCCUGCCUUCCUCCGCCUUCAGCAGCUCCUCCCAGCUGUCCAGCAGCCACAGCCCUGGGUUUGCAAGGCUCAACCGACGAGAUGGAGCAGGAGGCUGGACUCCACGUGUGUCCAACAAAUACCAGUGGCUGCAAAUCGACCUUGGAGAGAGGAUGGAGGUCACCGCCGUGGCCACACAGGGCGGGUACGGCAGUUCUGAUUGGGUGACUGGCUACCUGCUGAUGUUCAGUGACAGCGGCAGAAACUGGAAGCAGUAUCGGCGGGAGGAGAGCAUAUCGGGUUUCCCGGGGAACACGAACGCGGACAGCGUGGUGCUCUACCGGCUGCGGCCUCCAGUGGAAUCGCGCUAUGUGCGCUUCCUGCCAGCGGCCUGGAACCAUGAUGGCCGCAUUGGAAUGCGAGUGGAGUUAUACGGUUGCACCUACCGAUCGGAAGUGAUUGAUUUUGAUGAAAAUAAUUCCCUGGUCUACAGAAUUUCUAAGAGCACCAUGGGCCCAGUGAAAGAUGUAAUGUCUCUGAAAUUUAAAACAAUGCAGAGUGAUGGGAUUCUAUUCCACAGAGAGGGAAGAAACGGGGGUCAUAUCACCCUGGAAUUAGUCCGAGGAAAACUCUUUUUAUUCAUCAGUUCAGGUGGAGGCCUGCGUGUGCCCCUGUCUGCUCCCACCCAGACGGCGUUGGGCAGCCUCCUAGAUGACCAGCACUGGCACUCUGUCCUUCUGGAGCACUGUGGCCAGCAGAUGAAUCUCACCAUGGACACCCACGUAAUGCACCUCCAGGCACCAAGGGACCUGAGUCAUGUGAAUCUCCAUCCUGAGAUCAGCUUUGGAGGGAUUUUAGCACCUGGGAAAUCAGUGACAUUUCAAAGAAAACAUUUCCAUGGAUGCUUAGAAAACGUCCAUUUUAACGGAGUGGACAUCAUCAGUUUGGCCAAGCAGCACAGUCCACAGGUCCUCACUGUGGGAAACAUGUCAUUCUCCUGUUCACAACAACAGACCGUUCCAGUGACAUUUCUGAGCCACAGGAGCUCCUUGGCAUUGACUGGCUUCCCAGGGGAGGAUGGGGUCACUGUCAGUUUCCAGUUUCGAACUUGGAGUCAAGAAGGGCGUCUACUGUCCUGUCAGCUUCAUCGGGGUUCAGGGCAACUUCUGCUUGUUCUCAGUGAUGGGAGCCUCAGACUAAGCCUGCAAAGAACUCUGGGACAAGGACAGAACAACGUCACAGCAGGGGUAGGACUGAAUGAUGGACAGUGGCAUUCCGUUUACCUCACAGCCAAGAGGAUUCACCUGAGUCUGACAGUGGAUAACGACAUGGCCUCAACUGUUCACACUGUAAUCCCCAUGGAGAUGUAUUCAGGAGAGAGCUAUUACUUUGGAGCAUGCCUCCCUUUCAGCUCUGGGUCUGAGUGUGUGCCAGCCCCUUAUGGAUUCCAGGGAUGUCUGAGAGACAUCUCUAUCAACACCCAAGAGGUGGACCUACUUGCAGUACAGCAGGGAGUACUGGGGAACUUCAGUCACCUCCAGAUAGACACGUGCGGCAUCCUGGACAGGUGCUUACCCAACUACUGCGAGCAUGGUGGCAAGUGCUCCCAGACAUGGAAUACCUUCUACUGCAACUGCAACGGCACGGGCUACACAGGCGCCACGUGCCACCGCUCCCUCUACGAGCAGUCAUGUGAGGCUUACAAACACAAGGGCAAUUCCUCGGGAGUCUACCAUGUGGACCCAGAUGGCAGCGGCCCUCUGGAACCCUUCUUGGUAUUUUGUAACAUAACUGACACCCCGUGGACAGUCCUGCAUCACAACAGUUCAGCCCUCACUCGGGUCAAGGGGGCCAGCCCCACUCUCCCGCAUUCGGCCACUUUCCAGUACUCGGCGGGCGCGGAGCAGCUGCUGGCCACCACGGGGCGUGCGGAGCACUGCCAACAGGAACUCACCUACCACUGCAGGAGGUCGCGGUUCCGGGACGGACCAGAUGGAAUCCCACUGAGCUGGUGGGUUGGAAGAACCAAUGAGAUACACACUUAUUGGGGAGGUUCUUUGCCUGAUGCUCAAAAAUGUACUUGUGGAUUAGAGGGGAACUGCCUUGAUUCUCACUAUCUCUGCAACUGUGAUGCUGACCGGGAUGAAUGGACAAAUGACACGGGGCUGCUCUCCCACAAGGAGCAUCUGCCAGUGACGCGGAUUGUGAUCACAGAUGUCGGAAGGCCCAGAUCUGAGGUGGUGUAUCGACUGGGGCCGCUGCUCUGUCGGGGGGACAGAUCAUUCUGGAACUCUGCGUCCUUCCACACGGAGACCUCCUACCUUCACUUCCCAACUUUCCACGGAGAACUAAGUGCUGACAUAUCUUUCUUUUUCAAGACGACGGCUUCCUCAGGGGUGUUUUUGGAGAACCUGGGCAUCACCGACUUCAUCAGCCUGGAGCUACGCUCACCCACAGAGGUGGCCUUCUCAUUUGAUGUGGGGAAUGGACCCUGUGAGGUUAUAUUGAAGGCAUCCAGACCUCUCAAUGACAACCAGUGGCACCUCGUCCAGGCCGAGAGGAACACCAAGGAGGCGUGGUUACAGGUGGACUUCCGCCCUCCAGUGGCUCAGUCUGCCCCAGCUGAUGGGCAUCUGCUACUGCAGCUCAACAGCCAGCUCUUUGUAGGUGGGACAGCCACCAGGCAGAGAGGCUUCCUGGGCUGCAUCCGGUCACUACAGCUCAACGGGCAGACACUGGACCUUGAGGAACGGGCCAAGGUCACACCAGGUGUGGAACCUGGCUGCCCAGGGCACUGCAGCACCUACGGACACCUAUGUGCCCAUGGAGGGCGCUGCCGAGAGAGGCCCCGUGGGUUCUCCUGUGACUGCGAGGUCUCAGCCUUCACUGGGCCCUUCUGCUCUGAUGAGAUUUCUGCCGAUUUUGGACCUGGCUCCUCAGUGACUUACAAUUUCCAAGAGUAUUACUCCCUGAGUGCCAACUCCAGUCCCUACGCUGCUUCGUUCUAUGGGGAUAUGACCUUAGUGAGAGAGAUGAUCACGUUCAGCUUCCGAACAGUACAAACUCCGAGCUUACUGCUGUAUGUGGACUCCUUCUACAAGGAAUACUUGUCAGUCAUCCUUGCCAAAAAUGGGAGUUUGCAGAUUCGGUACAAGCUAGAUAUACAUCAAGAUCCUGAUGUUUUUAACUUUAAUUUCAAAAACAUGGCUGAUGGGAAUCUUCACCAUGUGAAGAUCAACAGAGAAGAAGGAGUUGUCUUUGUAGAGGUGAACCAGAAAGCAAGGAGACAAGUGAGCCUGUCCUCGGGCCUGGAGUUCCAUGCUGUCAAGUCCCUGGUGUUGGGUAGGAUUUUAGGCAACGGCCACGUGGACCUGGACACAGCUCAAGCUGGCGCUCUGGGUUUUGCAGGCUGCCUGUCAGCACUGCAGUUCCAGCACACAGCUCCGCUGAAGGCUGCGCUGCGCCCUGGGCGCUCUGGGCGCACUUCGGUGCGGGGUCCGGUGGUGGCGUCGCGCUGCGGGGCCCAGGACAACACCGCGCGGGAGCACACGCACGCUAGAGCAGAUCACCCAGGACCAGCGGGGGAAGGAAAGUCCAUCGCGGAUGCAGCCCGGCGGGACUCAGCAUUGAUUGGAGGUGUGGUGGCCGUGGUCAUCUUCAUCUUUUUCUGCAUUGCUGCCAUCGCCACCCACCUGUACCAGCAGAAGACCUUGUACAGAAGCAACAAGGAGGCCGAAGGGCCCGAGGAGGAGGGCCACCCCAAGGCCGGCCUCAGAUGUGACCUCCGUGUACAGAAUGUGGCCAGUGGGAGAGAAAAGGAGUACUUCUUCUGA